AUGGCAACCACGAUUCGCCUGCAAGAGAAUGCUGUUCCUUCCUCGAGUCCUGCCUUUGGAACGCCUGUUCAUCCCAUCAAUCCUCGAGAUAAACGACCUGCGAUUCCUCCGCCAGCAUUCAAGCCUUCGAUUCCUACCAUUCUACCAAUCCUCCUCCCACCUGCCAGUCUGAGACCUUUGGCCUUUCGAACAUUCACAAAGAAACAUAACCUCACCCUCAGCUCUCCCGCUUUACAAUCACUAGCUACCUUCAUCGGUAAACACUGCGGCUCUGGAUGGCGUGAACGAGGAACCGCAGAGGGUGUCCUCGAAGAAGUCGCAAAAGCUUGGAAAAAGAGUGGUGGUAGCUUGAUUGUCAAUGAUGGCUCCUUGCUCAAGAAUAUUCUCAAGACUAUCGAGAGCCUGAUGACCGGCGGCAAGGUUACUCAAACAAAAUCAAAUCUCAGCAGACAAAGUAGUUUUGCUUUCGCUGGUGAGAGUCAAGACCUUUCAAGACGAUCAAGUCUGGUCGACACUUCUUUCCAGUCACAAGAUGUUGGAGAAGAUGAUGAUGAUGCAGACAUUCAAGAUCCUCGAGCAUGGAUCAAGGUUGUCAGUGCCAACGAACAGCCCAGGUUGAGCUACAAUAUUCACAAGAAGCACUUUGAGAAGAUCACGACAAAAUCCUCUCUCCUUCCUUCACCAACUCACAGGACACAACUCUUCCGCGAUCGUUUCAACCUAAUCCAUCAGCGUCUGAUGCGCAAUGAAGCCUUCCAAGCUCCUGCAAUCGCCAACACUCGCUCGCUGAAACGUCAAGAUUCAACUUCUAUACAGCAAUUUUACAAAAUUACCCCUAUUGCAAACCUCUUGGGUAGAAAUGGCAGUAACCAUGUCUUGCUCGGCAUGCUGGUCAUCACCCCUACUGGCACUCUGGCAUUGAACGAUUUGACUGGAAGCAUCACUCUGGACUUGCAGCAUGCGAAACCUCUGCAAGGCCUGGACUCAUCAUGGUUUUGUCCUGGCAUGAUCGUCUUGAUCGAAGGUGUAUACGAAGAGGAAUACUCAGGAGCCGGUGCUAGUGGCCUGGGUGCUUCCACUGGUGUCGGUGGUACUAUUGGAGGAAAGUUUAUCGGUUUCAGCAUCGGCGGUCCUCCAUCUGAAAAACGUAACGCAACACUAGGCAUUGCCGACUCGUCAAAACAACCAGAUGUCGGUCUUGGAGGUGGCUUUGGCUGGACAGACUUCCUCGGCCUGGGUAGUGAGAAGGUCAUGGGAGCUAAGAUGCGUAAACUGGAGAAACGCCUUCUCGCACCUACAGAAGAGCAAGCCUCUCAACAACGCAAGAUGGUCAUACUAGGCGAGAUUAACCUGGAUGACCCAUCGUCACUAGAGGCUUUGCGUGCUGUUCUGCGUGUGUACGCUGCAGAGGAUGAACUCACGCCUUUAUGUUUCAUGCUCGUAGGCAAUUUCGUCAGCCAUCCAGUCAUGGCUGGUGGCGGUAGUGGCGGCAGCAUCGAGUACAAAGAGUACUUCAAUGACCUUGCCACUGUACUCUCAGACUUCCCUGCACUCUUACGAACUUCAACAUGGGUCUUCGUUCCUGGCGACAACGAUCCUUGGGCUUCUGCCUUCAGUGCUGGAGCCAGCAAUCCUGUUCCACGCCCUCCCAUCCCUGGUCUCUUCACUAGUCGCGUCAAGCGUGCUUUCGUUGCUGCCAAAUCAGAAGCACCUCUCCCAAAGUCAGAUGACAGCAACGUACCUGUCGAGCCAAUCUGGACAUCCAACCCCGCGCGUGUAUCGAUCUUCGGUCCAGCCCACGAAAUCACGGUCUUCCGCGACGACAUCUCCAGUCGUCUACGCCGCAAUGCAAUAACCUUUGGCAAAGCUACUACCGCAGAGGACGAAGACGAUGAAAUGGCCGAUUCAGCGCCUGCGGAGAUCCCUACACCCACGCAAAUCGCCCGUAAACUCGUUCUGUCGCUGCUCCCACAGUCAAAUCUUUCACCCUUCCCUUUGUCUACGCGACCAGUGCUCUGGGAUCAGGGCAGCGCUAUGAGCCUGUACCCUCUUCCGCAUACUCUGGUCUUGGCUGAUGCCGAAGCACCGGCAUUUGCAGUCACGUUCGAGGGCUGUCAUGUCCUAAACCCUGGACGACUUUGUAGAGAUGAGGGAAGAGGUAGACGGGUAGCUUGGAUCGAGUAUGAUUGCUGGGCUAAAAGAGGUGAAGUCAAGGAUAUUUGGUCAUCGUGA